GUUAGAAAAAAUGUAAUUAAUUUAAAAAAAAAUAUAUAUUUUGAACGUAAUGCAACAAAAUAUGUACAAAGAUUAGCUGGCAUAGAGGUUCUUCGCCUCAUUAAUGAGCCAAUCGCAGCAGCACUUUCUUAUUCUAUUGCAAAGGACAAUAAUAGUGGAAUAUAUGAAAUUUACAUAAUGAAAUUACACCAAGGAGUGUUUCAAGUUCUUGCGGUUGGUGGUGAUGACUUUGAUCACCUUCUAUGUAUGAUUAUAUUGGAUAAAUGCUGAAAGAAAAUAGGUAAAGAUCUCAAUUCUCGUAAGCAUUUAUUUACAAUAUCACGAUCAAUAAAGGAGCACUUAUGCAAGAACAUUUCUAGCACUUUUAAAUUCAACAUUAUUGCUGAAUUGUUUAAAUGCAAAAUUACAAACGAAGAAUUCGGACAGACAAUCAGUUCUUUAGUUAAUAAGACUAUUAAUAUAGUUAGUCACUCA